AAAGGCAGUCCCUCAUGGAAUCCAUGACCAAUGCUCUAUUCGAUCAACAGCCUAACAUCCAACGUAUUAUGGUGAUAUCCGGUAUGGGGGGUAGUGGAAAGACACAACUGGUGCUUAGAUUCCUUCGAGCACACUCCGAAAGCUCCGAGAGUAGCAUUCGACAUGGUAUGGUGCAACGAGUUCGCUCUUUAGGACUUGUGUAUGCACGUAACACCACCGAAGAAGCCAUGGAAGUACUAUCCAAGCCAGACGGAGAAAUAUCCACUGAUUGGGCAAUCGUUUUCGACAACUGCGAUAAUCUGAAUAUCAAUAUCUCUUCUUUCUUUCCGCAAUGCGAUCAUGGAUCCAUUAUUGUCACUACUCGCAAUCCCCAGCUCAGCUUGUUAUCACCUGAUGCACAUAUUGCAGUUGGCGUUAUGUCACCCGAAGAGGGUAGCCUCGCAUUGCUUAAAUCAGCACUUGCAGACUCUCGACCCUCCGAAAGCGAUAUUAAGCAUGCUUCGGCGAUAGCCAAGGAACUGGAAUACCUGCCUGUUGCACUCAUCCAAGCAGGGUCAUUUAUCAAGCGUCAACGGUGCUUGCACACUUAUUUGGAUAAACUCAAGAGAAAUCGAGCCAAUAUUCUCAAACGAAAGGCGAUAGGACAGCGUGAUCGGCAUUAUCAUUGUGUCUAUGACACCCUAGAAGUUACUUAUCCAGAGCUAACGAGACAAUGUCAGAUGCUUCUAGGACUUCUAUCGUUUGUCAACUAUAGUGGAUUCUCGUUGGAAUUGGUACAUCGAGCGGCAGGAAACGGCUUUCGAUUUGAGCCAGUUGAUCUACGAGACCGCGAUGAGCAAUUCGAAGAAACAAUACGAACAUUACACGAAGUAUUCAUCCCAGGGAUGGUAUGGGACGAGCAAUUUCUGGACGAUCUCGUAGAAGAGUUGGAACAAUACUCCCUCGUAACCAGAGUGGAUGUUUAUAAUCUGCCGACAUUACGAAUGCAUUGUCUAGUAAGUGCGUGGGCACAUGAUCGACUCUCAGAUCCAGAUAAGGAAAAAUAUCUUUCUGCUAUCGUCCGUCUGCUGAUUAGCGGGACUAGCGAAGAUAAUCAAGACAUAUACGAGUUCAUCCUUCCACAUUUAGACGAGAUACCAUCCAUAUGGGGUGCUUUACACGUGAACGACCGGUUCGGUCUGGUCAAAAUGCUACUUCAUGGCAGAAGAAUCGAUGACAGUGCACGAAUCGUUGAACAUAUAUCUAGUGAAGUUAUCGAGAGGUAUGGCCAAAGGACUCUUCGUUCCAUUCCGGCAUUCCUUCUACAAGCAGAUGUUUAUUGGAAGACUAGCGACGAAGCGAAAAAGCAAGAGGCCGACUCGAUUCAUAUAAAGACUCUCGGUAUUCUUUUAGGCCUUGUUCCUGACGACCAUCCAUUGAUCUUGGAAGCACUUGCUCAACGGGCUAAGAGCUUAUACACAAUGGAUAUUAGGGGCGAAGCUGAGAGGAUACAAAGGGACAUAUUGCGGAGACUGCAAAAUUCAACGAGUGGAGAUGUCGAUUUUACUCUCAAGGUCAUGAGAGACCUCGCGAUGACAUGUGCUGAUGAUCAAGUGAAAAAGUAUGACGAAGCGAUGAAGCUGUUGGUCGCCGUUCUGAAGAAACGCAUGGAAAUCGAUGGGGAAAAUCAUUGGAGGACGCUUGAAGCCGAACAAGGUCUAGCCAAAUUCUAUUUGAACGCAUUCGUAAGGGACCUCUACGAUUCAUAUAAAGACGGCGGAGUCACUACUCGUGCAUCAUUCGAGGAAGGCGUCCUUCUCUGCCAGAAUAUG